AUGGACUCGGAAUCCGCGGCCUUACAUUUCAUCUCCCCCGGAGCCCUGUCGAGUGAGAGUGUAUUCGACGAAUACGCCGCAGACCCGCGUUUCCAGCGGCUCCAGACAGAGCUGCGAUCAUGGCUGUUCGUGGGGGCGCGGAGUGGUGGCACGACCAGAGCCCACAGCGUGACCGCUGGGGAGGAUGACACACUGACGGACCGGACGAAACCAGGCCACCACUACUUUGGCGAGCAGGUCUUCAACUCUGCCCAGGAGAUCCCGGUCGAGAGAAAGCUCAAGUACCUCAAGGUUUGGAUUACCGACUGCGCUCCGUGGCUGGACAUGUUCGAUCAAGAGCGACAUUUUGGUCUCCAGGUCCCCAUUCUGGCUCAAGGUUCUUCUGCCGUCUUCAACGCUCUCCUCGCGGUCGGGGCAAGGACUGCAGAACGGCAAGGUAACAUUGCCGGCUUCCGCGACAGCCUCGGACUCUACUCUCAGGCCAUCUCCUCGCUCACCUCUUCCCUCAACACCAAAGAACCUAACGUGGUUGUAGCAGCCUGUCUUCUUUGCGUGCUGGAGAUGAUGAGUGUCAGUCCUCGCGACUGGAGGAAACACGUCGAAGGCUGUGCGGCUUUAUUUGUCGCCUCGGGCAUCAAUGGCUUCUCCGGAGGCCUGCUCCAAGCUGUUUUCUGGUGCUAUGCUCGAAUGGAUCUCUGUGGUGCCAUAAUUGCAGACGGAGCGGAAAGCACUGUUAUGCCUAUUGAUAAGUGGGCCUUGCUGUCAACGAUUCCUCCUUCGCGGUCAGACGCCCUCCGCGAGAUCAAAGCCGUCUUCUGGGAACAAGGUCGACGAGUGCCUGACAUGUAUGCGAACUAUGCUGUAUACCUGUGCGCGAGGACCUGUGAUCUGCUGUCCCGCCACAUUCGCUGCGUUGAGUUGGGUGAGGAGAAUGGGUGCAUCGGAGAGUCCUUUGAGGGUGCAUGGAAUGAUCUCUGGACAGAUUUACAGGAGUGGUUGUCGAAAAGACCACAGGCAAUGCUGCCCGUGGACAUUGAGGCGAGCAGCGCCGAAAAAGGUCCGUUCCCACAUAUCUUCUUUGCGCACUGGGCGGCGAUAUCCAGUACCCAACUCUACCACACCGCAUGCAUUCUCCUGCUCGACAUCAAGCCCAGCACCGAGACCGAGAUUUAUCGAAGUACCUAUUACUCACGUCUAUGGCAUGCACGAAGGAUCGUGGGCAUAUCUUUGACCAAUCCUCACGCGGGAUGUAUCAACAACGCAAUUCAGCCAUUAUAUGUCGCAGGAAAGCUUUUCACACACCCCGACGAGCAGAAUAUUAUCGUCAACCUGAUCGACUCAAUCGAAGCUCGGACCGGGUGGGGCUCUCGUUGGAGGAUCAAAGACCUCAAGGCGGCAUGGGGCUACCCUCGCGGAGCGUGA